AUGUCCUCCCUUCGACUACUUCAUUUCGAGAAUGAAGCCGACUUUAUCGAGGCCCUUCGACCUCACGACGACCAUGCCAUGAAUUUUGCACUGGGAUCGCUUCUUGACAACUUAGAUCGAAGUCAAGCUGUGUCGCAGGAGCGCUGGGGUGAUCAUUCUAGGGUUUUGUUAGGUAUUUACAUGGAUAAUGAUCUCCUGGUUACGCUAACCAAAUCGGCAGCGCGCAUACCAUGGAUGCUGUCAGCGCCCAGCGAUGUCGAUCCCUUAAAGCUAAAGGAACGGAUAAUUGAAACCAUGGAGCUCCUCGUUACCUUCCUUCCAACGGUAGUCGACCCGAACACUGUCGAUAAAAUUGUGGGACUAAAGGACAUCGUCGAUGCAUUCAUCGAUGCGUGGAUCGCUUUCAUGGCGAGCAAGCAUGUUGCCUUGCAGUCCCCCACGGCUACAUUCACCGUUCGUGCAUGUUAUGCGACACGAUCAACUAUACCACAAUCGCAGCCCACUCUAUUCGCGGAUAACAUUGGCCUUGUGGUAGACAUGGACCAGGCGGAACACCUUAUUCCCCUUGCAAUGGAGUUCUCGAAACAUGGGCCUAACCCCACGACGUCAGAAGGUGCACGACACGUCAUGCGCGAGGCCAUUCAGUCUAAACGCUUAUGGGUCUGCCGUCUCGGGGAGGCUAUAGCUGGAUAUGCGCUUGUUGGACGCAUCACACCCCGCACGGUUGCCAUACGAAACGUCUUUGUGCUUCCGGAUUAUCGACGUAGGGGCAUUGCGGAGGCUCUGGUACAUGCUACAACUGCCUUCUAUCUGAAUACAGAUUCUGCUGGCGAUGGGGUGCCCGAUAUGCCCAAGACACAAGUGUGCUUACAAGUUGCAGAUCCUGCUGUUGAAAGAAUCUACAAACGGUGUGGAUUUUUGAUCGACGAAGACGCGAAGGAUCCCAUCACGGGGAAGUCAGGAUGUUUUAUUUCAGUAUUUCGGGGCAUUGUGCCAGCAAUGUGA